AUGGCUGCACAUUUAGACGAGGUUGUUUUGGCGAGGAAACCCAAGAGGCCGGCGGGGAGGAAGAAGUUCAUCAAGGAGACUCGGCACCCGGUGUACAGGGGAGUGCGGCGGAGGGGCAACGGGAAAUGGGUUUGUGAGCUUCGGGAGCCGAUCAAGCAGAAGAGGAUAUGGGUGGGAAGUUACCCUACUCCGGAAAUGGCGGCGCGAGCUCACGACGUGGCAGCAUUGGCGCUGAGAGGUGAGUUUGCAACGCUAAACUUCGCUGAUUCCGUGUGGUGCCUGUCGGUGCUGGUGCCGGUGUCCAAGGACGCUAAGGAUAUCCAGAGAGCGGCGGUGAUGGCCGUCGAGGGCUUUAGGGAGACGACAACGGCAUUGGCGAAAGUAGUGGAGGAGGAAGUGGAAAGCAAACGCAAAACGCACUAA